UAAAAUAUGUGCUUAAACAUAAUUAUUUUAAAUUAUACUAAUUAAAGUUUGCUAAAUUAAAUUCUAAGAAACUCCUUAUAAUAUGGGCCGUAUAAAUUGGAAAUUGCCAAAACUUACUAAAAAUCUAGUUAAUUAUUUUCAUUUGAGAUGGUCCUAUAUGAAGUUAUGUUGGCGUUCCUUGACAUACAAUCAACACAUGAAUGCUUCCUAUGCAACCGAUGUGUGUAUGGAACCAGUAUUUUGGAUUGUUGACAACUAUACACAUUUAUUAGGACCGUUUUUUGUAAUUGGUGUGGCCUUAUUAACUACUGCCGUUGUUAGCAUUGCUUACUGGUUAGGUUUGCCAUUUUGGUGGCAAAAAAGUCAACUGACGACAGUUUUUCUAUUAAUCGUAGGCAACUGGUUGCUUAUCAAUGUCGUGUUUCAUUAUGUUAUGGCAGUAAUAACACCGGCUGGCGAUCCUCCAGAAGGUAUUUCUCUGAACGAAGCUGUGUCUGUAUGUAAAAAAUGUAUUACUCCUAAACCGCCGCGUACUCACCAUUGUUCUGUUUGUAAUAAAUGUAUACUAAAAAUGGAUCAUCAUUGCCCCUGGCUUAACAAUUGUGUUGGUUUUGGCAACCAUCGUUACUUUUUCCUGUACAUGUUCUAUACCACCAUUGGUUGUUUGUUUUUAAUUGUAUUUGGCUUUGAGAUUGGCUACAAUUAUUUGUGGUUAGAUCAUGGUGAACAUUGGACCGAAACGGAGCCGUUAGAAGGACAGCCAGUGAAAUUAAAUUUAAGCGGUCAUAUAAUACCAGAUAGUCAUCUGAAUGAAUAUGAUGAAGAUAUUUUAUUGCCAGCCCAACAUAAUUUGCCAACACCGGCCAAUGUUAUGGAUGGAAGUAGUGUUUCUAACAUAAGUAAACGCAGAUCAUUAUGGUUUAUGACCAUAAUAUGUUCAGCAGUGGUUGUAGCCUUGGGUACACUCUGCUCUUGGCAUGCCAAGUUGAUAACACGUGGUGAAACCAGCGUCGAGGCUCAUAUAAAUCAAUCGGAACGUAAGAGGCUGCUGCAGCAAAAUAAAAUUUAUAUAAAUCCUUAUGAUUUUGGACCUGAAAAGAAUUGGCGUUUAUUUUUAGGCAUAGUAAGAGGACGUACGUUUUGGCGUUCGGUUCUGUUGCCUUCUUGGCACAAACCUGAAGGUAAUGGCUUGCGGUUUCACACCAUACAUGACUAUGCAGCACAAAAUGAUGAGUGGCCGUAAAUUAUGUUUCAACAUAAAAGUUAGUAAUUUUAUUAGAAAAACACCAAUUCCAUUUAGACACUUUAUUCAUAAAUAAUUAAGUAAACAAAUUUUAUUUAUAUUAUAAUUAGUGAAACAACUUAUAUUAAGUUUGACAUUUUUCUCUAAGUCAUACAUAUAUUUAUUUAAAAGCAUUUAUUUAACUAUGAGUAUAAUAAUUAUUUUAGAUAUUACCUUAAGAAUAAACAAAUAUAAUGUGAAAACAUUUAAUUUAUGUUUAAAAUUUUAAUACAGUUCUGCAAUAAAAUAAUUUGUUUCAAAUACAAAAAAA